UCCUGGAUUAUUACAAUUCUUGCCCCAAUCCUGCUUACCAUCCACUUGCCACCUUUACAACCCUCUGAGGAAGUUAUUGCUUCCUCCCAAAGUAUUGUAAUUUGGUAAACUGUCUGCAAGCAAAUCAGAGUUGUGGGAGGUUUCAUUGUCCUGUGGACAUCUCAGAAGAGAAAAAUGAAAACAGGACAUUUUGAAGUGGUCACCAUGCUGCUGGCAGCUGUGAUCCUAAUGGACAUCUUCCAGGUGAAGGCUGAAAUGUUAGACAUGGCAGCUAAUGCAUUUGAUGAUGAAUACCUGAAAUGUACUGACAGGAUGGAAACCAAAUACGUUCCCCAACUGCUCAAGGAGGAAAAAGCAGGCCAUCAGCUCUUUGAGAGUGUGUGGGAAAAUGCAAAAGCCAAGUGGGAAUCCCAGAAGACUCAGCUCUUUCUCCCUGUAAAUUUUAAGGAUAAUCAUGGAAUAGCCCUGAUGGCAUAUAUUUCUCAAGCUCAAGAGCAAAGUUCCUUUUACCAGCUGUUCAAUGAAGCUGUGAAAAUGGCUGGCCAAUCUCGAAAAGAUUAUAUCUAUGGCUUCCAGUUCAAAGCUUUUCAUUUUUACCUGACAAGAGCCCUGCAAUUGCUGAGACGACCUUGUGAGGACAGUUACAGGAAUGUGGUGUUUAGAACAAGCCAAAAUAUGUCAUUUACAUUGGGAAGGCUAAAUCAAGCCAGGUUUGGCCACUUCACCUUGGCAUAUUUAGUUGAGCCUCAAGCUGCGAAUGACCAGCACAUUUUGUUAACCAUCUACACAUGCUUUGGAGUUUCUAUUGAAAAAUUUUUUGACAAAGAAAGUGAAAGAGUUGUUUUAAUACCUCUGAAUGAAGUAUUUUAUGUGUUACGGGAAGAGAGCGGCAAUAACCUUAUCCUUCAAAGCACAAACAAGACCUGCAGCCAUUAUGAGUGUGCGUUUCUAGGUGGACUAAAAACAGAUACUUGUGUCGAGAACAUGGGUGAGGAAAACCAGGAGCUUGAAGACCCUGGCAUGAAAAGCCAGGAGCCCACUGUCUUACAUGUUAUGAAAAACAAUGAACCUACCCAAUUUCCUGGAAUAAAAGUGAUACAGCCGGAUGAAAACCCUGAAGACAGAAGUCAAGGAAAUAUCGACAAUCCUACUCCAGGUCCAGGCCCGGGUCCAGUUCCAGUUCCAGGUCCCAAAACCCAUCCCUCUGCAUCCUCAGGUGAAAUGCUCCUUCCACUGUUUGGGACAUUCAUCAUUUUAAUCAGUGCUUCCACUAUAAAUCUCUUUGUUUUUGUUGCUCUAUAGUUUGAUACAUUCUUUGUUACUUGAAAUACAUUGCAGGGAUUCCAAAGGAAAGCAAAAGGAAUGAUGUAUUUUUCACUUGUUCGCCAGUCACUUGAUACAAAGAAAAUUGCUUGUUCCUCAUUUUGCAAAUUCAGAAAGUUGGUCUAGAUGUGAUCUGUCAUAGAAUUAACUUUUCACUUACUUCUGUAUUCUUACGAUUGCAUAAAACUGUAUACUUCGAUUGAAUUCA